UGAGUGAGCGGCUGUGUGGUGGUGGUUGGCUGCUGACCACGUUAAGCCACCACAACACUUCUCUUCAAUACCCAGAAUUACUCCCCACAGGAAUCAGAGGUAUUUCAGAAGAGACGACCACUGGAGUUCACAACCUGUACAAGAUGAAGGCCAGUGGCACCCUGAAAGUGCCAGCAAUCAAUGUUAAUGACUCUGUCACCAAGAGCAAGUUUGAUAACCUUUAUGGUUGCAGAGAGUCCCUCAUUGACGGCAUCAAACGAGCUACAGAUGUCAUGAUUGCUGGAAAAGUAGCAGUCGUGGCAGGUUAUGGUGAUGUGGGCAAGGGCUGCGCUCAGGCCUUGCGGAGCUUUGGAGCCAGAGUCAUCAUCACUGAAAUCGAUCCCAUCAAUGCACUGCAGGCAGCCAUGGAAGGUUAUGAAGUUACCACCAUGGAAGAGGCCUGUAAAGAAGGCAAUAUCUUUGUUACCACCACUGGCUGCACUGACAUUGUUCAGGGCAGGCACUUUGAGCAAAUGAAGGAUGAUGCCAUAGUGUGUAACAUUGGCCAUUUUGAUGUGGAAGUUGAUGCCAAGUGGCUGAAUGAAAAUGCAGUAGAAGUGGUGAAUGUUAAACCUCAGGUGGAUCGCUAUACACUGAGGAAUGGCCGUCACAUAAUACUGCUAGCAGAGGGCCGACUGGUCAACUUGGGCUGUGCCAUGGGUCACCCAAGCUUUGUUAUGAGCAACUCCUUCACCAACCAGGUCCUGGCACAGAUCGAGCUGUGGACCAAUAGUGACAAAUACUCUGUUGGAGUCCAUUUCCUGCCAAAGAAG